CAGAUGACUGACAACAUCAAGACGCAAUGGCGAUCACAUCACUCUGCCUGAUGCUCUCCACAUUGGUCAUCCACCCCGACAGAUCUCAGUACUUCUGGUACGAGUCCAUCAAUCUGACAUGUGGAGAGGCAGGAAACUCUGAUGGCUGGAUAUUAAAGAGAAACACCUCCAUGUAUUCUGAUCAGCUGUGCAACUCUGACUGGGGAGUAUCAAACGAGUCCUCCUGCAUCAUUGAGGACGCCUAUCCAUCAGACAACGGAGUGUACUGGUGCGAGUCCAAGCUGGGGAAUUGCAGCAACACCGUCAACAUCACCGUGACUGGUGGUGGUGUGAUCUUGAAGAGCCCUGCACUUCCUGUGACAGAAGGCGAUAGAGUAACACUUCGCUGUUCCGACAAAGAAUAUCAGAAAAAAAAAGCCCCGACUGAUUACUCUGCAAACUUCUACAAAGAUGGUAUUUUCAUCGGCACCGGAUCUGCAGGAAACCUGACCUUCUUGAAAGUGUCCAAGUCUGACGAAGGUUUCUACAAAUGUGAAAUCCCCACAAAAGGAGAGUCACCACAGAGCUGGCUGGCUGUUAAAGCAGCCGAAGUUCAGCCUCCUCCUCUCAUGACUGUGCCCAGACUGGUGUGUGCGGUCCUGCUGGUCGUCAUCAAAGUCGUCAUGCUUAUAGUCUGUGUGAAAGUAAACAGAGACUUGGCUAAAGCUCGAGCUGAAUCAAAGAAAAGAGCUUCACGAGAGAGAUGAGUCUUGUUUCCUGCUGCGGUAAAGAAGAAAAGAAGCAGCUGCUGUACAUGUUUAUAUGCUGACCAAUUAUUUCUGGAAAUAAUUAACUCUUGUUGGGUUGUUUAUUUUCACUAAAGACAAUAUUGGGUUAAAAUUUGUGGCCUUUUAUUCUUACUGACCCUGAGAAGCUGAACAUCUUAAAGCUGACACAUAUUUCAGCUUGUCCACCAUCAUACUAUAUAAACUCAUGACACCUAGUGGGCAUUUUAAUUUAUACCACAAUACAAGAUGUUAAAUUCAAAAUUGAAAGCCAGAAUUGAGUAUGAAAACCUUGCCUAGAGUCUGUAAUGAGGCAUUUCUAGUCAUUAAAGAUGUUAGAAAUUAUGUGAUGAAAAUAAAGAUAAAAAAGAUUCUAAGGAACUGAAAGUCGACCUGAGUCAUAACAC